AUGACAACGAGCUUGCGUCACGAGAUACGUCUGUGGAAGGCCGACUUUCGGAUGCUGGAAACUGGCGUAGAGGAUCUCGGGAUCUCGUUCAUCGCCAAUCUGGAUGGAUCGCAUCGUUCAGCAGUCAAUGUAGCGCGUUUUUCCCCUGAUGGAGAACUGAUUGCCAGUGGUGACUGCGAUGGUUGCCUUGUGAUCUGGAAAAUCUCGGAGACGAAGAAACCUUCACCGGCACCGGCCGACAAAACUCUUCCAUCAGAUCUGGAAAAUUGGCAGCGAUUCAAAACUCCAGAAAGGCAUAACAGUGAUAUUUGUUCGCUGUGUUGGAGUCCGGACAGUAUCCGUUUCGCUACUGCAUCCAAAGAUGAAUCUAUUGCUGCAUACGAUGCUCAUACAGGCAGCCGCUUGUGGCAUAUCUCUCCUUAUCGCCACUUCCCAAAUGGCAUUGCUUGGGAUCCGCGUGGCGAAUUUAUCAUCACUCUCUCUACAGAUAGUAGAUUCGAUAUUGUAUCUGCGGAUACAGGCCAGCAUUUGCGAGGCCUCAACACUCUGAAGAUUCCAUCCUUCUCCGUUUUAGACGUGCCUGUGCAUGCUGGAAUCUACAAAUUAUUUCACGAUGACCAGCUGCUGACAUAUUCUAGAAUUCCUGAAUUCUCGCCUGAUGGUGAAUUGUUACUUGCGCCUAGUACGUUUGUUUUUCAAGACUCGGUCCAAAAAAAAAUCAAUUCAAGGCAAAUCGAAAAAAUCCCAUUUCUUACACUUCAACUGCGUUUUUCUACUGUUAUGGCUACAGAGCCUUUUGCAUGCAAACUUCUGCUCGAGAAACAGUUUUCCUUUGAUUGCCAUUUUUUUAGGCUAGGACACAAUUUUGUCUUUCAGGUGGACUUUUUCAUGCCGGUUCAACAAAUAUUUAUGGAACAUACGUCUUCCUACGCUCAGAUUUUCAUAAGAGUCGUCCUGUGGCGUUUAUUCCAUCCACGAAGCCUACAUUUCGCGUGGCGUUUUGUCCGCUUUACUUUAAACUUCGAGAUCAGGAUACCACUGCUUGGGGGUGAGGAUCUGGUUGAUGAGCAGAAGCUUUUUUCCGUCUUUUUUUUUUCUCUUUUGCCUACUAGUUGUUUUUGUAAAUCUUAA